AUGGAUCACGGGCUCAACUGGACGGGUGCUGAUCUGGCCGACCUGUUCACAUCGGGGUGGAAUCCAUGGGUGAUCUGUUGUGCGGUGGGCUACCUCUCGCUAUGCAUGAUGCUGCGUAACCGACGGACAAACUCGAUGCAAGGAAGGCUAAGACUCAGGUACGGUGCUCAAGGUGCGCUCGCUGGGAUGACUCUUGAAGAAGCCUACGCCAUCAAGUCGUGGCUCGCAGAGCAAGAGUUCCCUCGGACCCUCUCAAUGGUGAACCCCUUCGCCCUUUUCAAGUCUUACGGAAUACCAUCUAUAUCAGGGCUCUUCGCGAGAGCAGGGCAAAAUGCCCAUACCAAGGCUCAGACGAAAAGCACGAAGAAGAAACUCGAUUCCAGUGUCGUCCUGGCGAACAUGAUGGGCCGGCCAGGAUCGCAGGAAGCAGUACAAGGCAUCGCGCGGGUCAACUACAUCCAUAGCUUCUACCGGCCAUCAGGCAAGAUCUCCGACGACGACCUCCUCUACACGCUAAGCCUCUUCACACUUGAAAUAGUGCGCUGGGUCGACAGCUAUGAGUGGCGGCGACUCACGGAUAUCGAACGAUGUGCCAUUGCGGUCUUUCACAAGGCACUGGGAGACGAGUUGGCGAUUCCGUAUGAUCACCUGCCCUCGCAACGUGACGCCUGGCGAGACGGCUUGCACUGGUUGAGCGAGCUUGAUGUCUGGGCUCGAGCUUAUGAGGAAGAGCACAUGAAGCCAUCGGAGGCUGCCGCUCGUAUGGGUAAUACCACGAUGGAUAGGUGGCUUCAACAGGUACAGACGCCGUUCAAGACUAUGGGGCGGAAGAUGGUGUCUGUAGCCAUGGGCCCUAGAUUACGUGAAGCCAUGGGCGUCAUCGACCCGCCACCAGUAUAUGAAGUCGCCUUCAACGCUCUUGUUCGCAUCCGCAAAGUCUUUCUCCGCCAUCUACGCCUGCGCUGGCCAGGCACAUCACUGCACAUCAACACCACCAGCGACGCCAAGCUUUCUAGCGAUGGAACGAUGACAGAGAACAUGCCGCACAAUACUGAUCAAAUGAAUGCCCCGGAAAAGGGAUGUGGACAAAUUUGA